AGUCGCGCGCUCGGCAGUUCGCGACCAACCGCGCGACGAUACGGCGAACACGAUUAGGCGGGGGAAACGGCACGGUAGUGGCGCGCCGACCAACGCCGACAGUCAUCGCCGAGUGAUAGCUAUUCCAAACCGCCAUCCAUCUCGCCAUCGUAGCAUGUGCCCACUAGUCCGGAGCCACGUACGUCGCUUACCGCAUCGCGAGCCGCACAAUAAACUCGUCUCCUACGGCUACCGUUAGGGCAGCCAUAUUCCCCCGCGGCUCUUUCGCUUUUCGCGUAUGUGACACGGGAAAACGGAGUCUCUUCGGAGUCAUCCUUUUAAAUCGCGCCCGCCAUUCCGAUUCACCGGGGAUCGUGCGUGUGCACGGUGGUAGUAUGAUCUUCUCUUGGAUAUUCUAGUGAGUCCGUGUGGUGAGCGCCUUAUACCGGGUGGCCGAGUCGACCGCGCGCGAAGUGUAAAGUGAGCGACGUAUCUUUUUUUUUUUGCUGUCGCUCUCGCUGCGGCGGACGGAAAAAAGAGAAAGAAGGAGAGAGGGAGAGAGAGAGAAAGUCGAGAGCGGUCGGUCUGCGACGACGAGAACAUUGGAGCAGAGGGAUAGAUAGAGAAGGAGACGGGGGAAGGAAGCGAAAGGAGGGAGCGAUCCAGUGUAAGAGGAAUCUCGACCGAUUUCCAAGGAGACUCCGGCUGUCAGGAUGAGUUACUGCACCAGCGCGCCCAUGGUCACGCACACUUGCGAGACUCUCCUCAGCAAGUGCGAAAUCCCGAUCAUCGACCUCGAACACAUGGGCACGGAGAGAUGUCCUCAGAAGGGAGUCGUGAAGCAGGUGGCCUCGAAACUGCUAAGGGCGCUGUCCGAGAAAGGAUUGGCCUUGCUCGUCAACCACGGCAUUCCAGAGUGCAAGAUGAAGGCAGCUUACAGAGCCCUAGACGCAUUUUGCGAGCUACCGGACGAGACGCGAGCAAAAUACGAGCGCGUUUCGCAGGAUAAUCACGGCUACGUUAAACCGGGCACGGAAAAAUUUUCGGAAGAGGUGGAACUUCGCCACUCUUUCAACGUAACCGGAUGUGGACGAACCCUGCCGGAAGAUGAGGUUCAGGGAUUUAGAUCAGCGGUCGACGAAUUGUCACGCGAUUUCAAGCAACUGGCCACGAUGCUCCUCAACGCUCUAUCCGUGGGUUUGGAACAGUCCCACGACUUCCUGCUGACCAAGCACGCGCACAUACUCGGCCCUGGCAACGCGUCCACCCUGCGUCUCCUCUACUAUCCACCACUCGGUGCACCGGUACAAGGACUGACCCGAUGCGGCGCCCAUUGCGACUAUGGCACUUUCACUUUGUUGGCGCAGGAUUGUGAAGGUGGUCUUGAAAUACAAACUGGAGAAAGAUGGGCUAGAGUAGGUCAUCUUCCAGGCGCCAUAUUGGUGAACACUGGCGAGUUAUUGGCACAUUGGACCAAUGGGCAGCUUCCAGCGCUCAGACAUCGUGUCGUUAUGCCAGAACACUGCGGCCGCGGCCGUCAUUCCAUCGCCUUCUUUGUGCAUCCAGAUGACAAUAUUCCUAUCGAGCCGUUAGAUACAAAGAUCACCGUAGCCACGCAGGAAACAACUCCUUGUCGCCUUCAGAAAAAGAAGCGCAGCGUCCUCACGGCGUAUCAGCAUCUUCAACGUCGUUUUCGCGAGACUUACGCGUCCUAAUGUGCCGCAUACGAUCCUGAAUAUUCUAUCACGGUGAUCUAAUGGACCUAAAAUCGCAAAUAAAGUUUUCGUAUGCUCAUCAAAUUGGAAUAAAAUUAAAAUUUCGCGGAAAUUCAAAAAAGAUCGAUUUUAUAGGCAGUGAAAUUAAGAUUACCGCAAGCUACGUUUUAAAGUGUGAUCAAUAUAUUUUGCUGUACAUUGCUUGAUAUAUUAUUAAAAAAAAAAUGUGCUUAAAAAAAUGUUAUGCAUAAUAUCCAUUCCAUUUAAUAUGAACACACAAGAAGGCAAAGUCAUUGCCUCGAUAUUUUUUAAUUUUUAACAAAUCUUAACGGUAUAGCUUUGUUGUCUUAAUUUCACGACUUGCGUUUAAGAAUCGGAUACCUUUACGAAGCGAAAUUAUGAAAUUGAAUGUCAAAGAAAGAUGUAAACAAAGAAUGUAAAAGAUUGCGAGUCUCAGGCAAUAAUAAAUCAAUUUGUACUUAAUUCGAAAA